UAGAAUUGCGUCUACCCGUUGCGGAGUGAACGUUGUCGGUGAAUGACUAUUUAUUAUUAUUUCAAUAAAAUACUGUGCAACAUUUAUUAGCAAGUGAAAAAGGAUAGAGUGAAAACAAAACUUUUAAGGCUAUAAUUUUGAAAUAUUCGAAACAGUGUGAUUACAGAAAAAGUGACUAGAACGGAUCGAGUCGACAACAUUAUCGUCGUGAAAUAAAUCUUUAUAAAACAAUACUGUGUAUCAAAUAUCACGGAAAUACGAACAAAUAUUUGUAAGGUUUUGUUUGAAAAGCACAUACGAAUUCGGAAGUAUUGAAGAGCACUAUCUACAAGAGAAAAGGCGAAUUCUAUGACAGGAUAAUCGACUCCUUGCGUGUAGCAAAGAUGGCCCAGUUGAAGGAGCAACCAAUGAAAAGGGAGCACGAUUCGAUGGACGACUUUGAGCAUCUCGAGCAUGUCCAGGAUGGACACUCUAAUCAACCUGAAGUUCACACUGAGAAAAUACAGGGAACUCUGGAGCAGAACUUCGAUACAGAAAAGGAUAUGAUUAAUUUUUCUCUUAACCAAUCGUCGAUUGAACCCAAUGAUCCUAAACAGGCAACACUGUUACUGUUAGAUUCAGAGAAGGUUAGACCGGUCGCGGAAAAUAAAUUUGAGGUUAGAUGGAAGGAACCAGAAUCUGAUUUGUUGACAGGUAACAUAGAGGAUCAGUCGGAAGUUAUGGGUAUCAAACCACUUAAUAGAAAGGAAGAUGAAAAACAACAAAGAGUUGUAGAAAAGAAAGAAGAAGAGAUAAAAGAAAUUAAGGUUGCUAAUCGUGAACCGGAAAUCGUUUCUUCCGCAGAGAAAAAAACAGAUGAUUCGUGGAAUGUCCUGGAAAAACCUGAACCCGUUCUGGAGAAACCUCAAUCUGCUGUGAAUGAAGAGAAAAAAGUAGAAAGUAUUAAUGAAUAUUUGCUUGCCGAUAUGGAAAAAAAAGUAGAAAUUAUGAAUGAAUUGCUUGCCGAUAUGGAAACAAAGGAACAAACCAGUGCGCCAGACACCGGUGAAUCUGAAUUCGAAUCGGAAGUGGAAGCUUCUCCAAUAAAAAGCUUUAAACCAAUAAAACAGGAAGCCAGACGGGAAAAAGUAGAAGAAGUGGAAAUUGCGCCAAAAGAGAUAUUCAGCAGUAUUGGAAUUGACGCAUGGUUUAAGCCCGAGAGACUGAAUCCGGAAGUCGCAGCUCUAAUCUACUGGCGUGACCCAAAGGAAUCAGGCGCUGUUUUCGGUGGCAUACUCAGUGUGCUUCUCUCGCUGGCCUAUUUCAGUCUGAUCAGCGUUCUUGCUUAUUUGUCGCUCCUUGUUCUCACCGGUACCAUUGCCUUUAGGAUCUACAAGACCGUCCUACAAGCUGUCCAGAAGACCUCCGAUGGCCAUCCCUUCAAGGAUAUUUUGGAGCUGGACCUUACGGUACCAGCGGAGAAGGUGCAUGAAGUCGCAGACGUUGCCGUUGCCCAUGCGAACGCGGCGGUCAGUGAACUUCGCAGGCUUUUCCUCGUUGAAGAUUUCGUCGACUCGUUGAAAUUCGGCGUCCUUCUUUGGUGCCUCACCUACGUGGGUUCUUGGUUCAAUGGCAUGACUCUGAUAAUAAUCGGAGUGGUUGCCCUUUUCACGCUACCGAAGGUCUAUGAGACGAAUAAGACGCAAAUCGAUCAGAAUUUGGCCUUGGUGCACGGUAAAAUCAACGAACUCACCGCUAAGGUGAAAGCCGCGAUACCUCUUGGUAAAAAAGAACCAACGAAAGAAGAGUAAAGAGGGAGAAUGUGUACGUAUUACCACGCGAAGUCAAAAAUUUCAGCAAAACUUGUCGGGCAACUGAAGAAUCCACGUGUGUAGAGUAACAAGAGACAGGGAGCAAACGAUCCCGAAAUGGUGGGCAUACAAAAAUUUUAUGCGAGCAUAAAAAAACAACAAAACAAACAGCGAAAAGAUUAUUAUAAAGACGAGAGGGGUCGUGAUAGAACGGAAGGACAACGAAAGGAUCAGGAUAUCGUACCGGAAACCACAUCUAGGAGAGGGGAAGGGAUGAUCUUUUCUCAACGACUAAACAACGGCUGCUGGAUUUCAUUGUCCUGCGAUGUCGUAAUGCGAGUUUUUCCUUUCCCGGAUUUGCACGGCGGGGUCCCUGUUGAUAGAAAUAAAAACGGAAAGAAGUAACAUUUAGCGAUUAUGUUAAUUCGUUGCGACUCGAGGAAAACCGAUAGAGUUAUUUGCACUCUAUACAUGAUUCUUUACGACCCAUGAACGGUGCAAUGCGUGCGUGUGCCUGUGAGUGUGUGUACGUUUACGUGUGUAUGCACGUGUAUGCCUUAGGAGUUUACCAGAUUUUCUUCCUUCUUUUUGACACUCACUCUCUCUCUCUCUCUCUCUCUCUCUCUCUCUCUCUCUCUCUAUUUCUCUGUUUCUCUGUUUCUCUAUCUUUCCUCACAUUGUCCCACACCAGCUCGAACUGAUUUUCCUUCUUGGAAUGUAGGCUGAUAUGCGGCCCCAUUAAACGCUCUGCACUCGCUGAUUAUCGAAUAAUUUAUACACUUUUACGAUCGACAUUACGAACAGUUUUCCAUUGGAAAGAUGGCAAAUGCUGCUUUUAGUUCAUUUACCUCACCGACAUUGUCGCUCAUACAUUCAAUCUCGUUUAAAAGAGAAUGGGGUUUUACAACUCCACAAAGAUGGUACAAUGUCAUACAUCCACGGGGUAAGAACGUAGCAAUACAGUCAGUUCAGAUAGAACAGGAUGAACAUUUUAUUUUCUCUCGAUUAAUUUGUGCUCAAAAACUCGAACGAUUUUGCUACGGGACUAUGGACUAAAACAAUCGUUUUAAUAACGAGACUACGAUGAAAUUUAAUAGGUCCGAAUCCGUUCGGGUCGUUUUACAUUUUUGUCACCCAGAUUCGUAAUUUCUGACGCCCAGGUGCGUGUUAUGUUUUGUUCAUUUGUACAUAAUAUGAAGAGUGUUUAAGAAAAAAUAAAUGAAAAUUUCUCUAACAAUUUCGUUGUUAAAGAACGCAUGCGAAACAUUUUAUCCAAGGAUCCGCCAGCUCCAAUAAAAUAAUUCAAGAAACAUCACUUAUGUUUUUGUAGCCUUUCGAGUGCUUUUUCCAUGACAUCUUUCCAAACUUAGCUCCGAAAUCAGCUAUCUCUCAUCAUUUACAAUAUAUAUGAAAGUGUUUUUCCUUUUAUAGAAUAUAAGCAAUGUUCGUCAACGAAACAGCCGUGUCAUGUAUUAAAAGAUAGAUACAACUUAAGUAUGUCGAUUAUACAUAGAUAGUUGUUCAUGAAUUAUCAGAUAAAGCAUCCCCCGUUCUGUUUGUUACGAAGCGAUAUCUCGUACAUUCGAGCAAGAGGAAAGUCUGUAACUAUGAAGCACGAUAAUUAUAAAUCAUUCACUUCCGUACGAACAGGCUUGGUCUGAUGUGUUGGAUGGUUGCUUGCGUGUAUCCCUUGUGUGUUUAUGUGUGUUGUAUGUAUGUAUGUGUGCAUGCCAUGUAUAUACGUGCAUGCUUGAGAACGGAAACAAAAUAGAAAGUAAGGAAAGAG